CUUGUAGAAUUGGGCUUUCUGAGGCCUAAAAACCCAGAGAUCAGCCCAAAUGGAUGUAUAAAAUCGAGAUUAGGGUUUUCGACUGCUGCAUCGCUCUUGCUUACCAUCGUUUCCUGCAGGAACAGAGUACCGAAGACAAGAAAUGGCUCGGAUCAAGGUGCACGAGCUUCGGCAGAAGACGAAGGCGGAGCUGUUGGCGCAGCUGAAGGAUCUGAAGGCGGAGCUGGCACUGCUGCGUGUGGCAAAGGUGACCGGCGGCGCCCCCAACAAGCUCUCCAAAAUCAAGGUGGUCAGGCUGUCGAUUGCGCAGGUGCUGACCGUGAUUUCGCAGAAGCAGAAGACCGCUCUGCGUGAAGCCUACAAGAACAAGAAGUAUUUGCCGCUUGAUCUCCGCCCCAAGAAGACACGAGCCAUUCGCCGCCGCCUCACCAAGCACCAGGCAUCUUUGAAGACAGAAAGGGAGAGAAAGAAAGAAAUGUACUUCCCAAUGAGAAAGUAUGCUAUCAAAGUUUAAGUAUUUGUUCUGCUCUGAGAGCAGUUUUUUAUUUUUGCUAUCUGAAUGGAAGGAUCUCAAAAUUUUGAAUGCGCUUGAAUUGCUAGGUUUUGCAAUUAGUUCAAAGAUGUGGUGGUGUCAAAUGUUAGGACAAUUAUUCUAUUUGUAUGAUCUGUCCAACUACAUACUCUUAUAUAUCCCUGAGUAUUUUUCAACCAAACAUGGUUAUGCUUCAAUUUGUAUGUUGCUGUGUUUCCAAUA